CAACCUUCGAAGCGUUCAAUGGACGAGGAGUCAUACCGGGACAUCAGCGGCGUGUGGCUACACAACGCGUUCCGUGAGGAAAACGGUCCGCUCGGCCAUCCAGUACAAGCCCGCGAAAAGGAGACGUCUUCAUCGUAACGUAUCCCAAAUGCGGGACCAACUGGGUACAGUUCAUUGUGUACAGCAUACUGACCAGGGCCAAGCCGCUUCCGACCCUCCGCGAACUUGGUCUCCUGAGCCCCUUCAUCGACAUGAUCGGCGCCGAGGCGGCCGAGAACCCAUCGAGAAGUGGUCCAAUCAUGACGCAUCUUCCGCCGACCGUCCUACAGCCUGUUCAAGAAUGCAAGUACAUCUACGUGACGAGGAACCCGUACGACUGUGCCGUGUCCUUCUACCACUUUAUCAAGGGAUUCACGCCCAAGACGGUGACAGGACGUGUCGUUCGAGAAGUUUCUGUCCAUGUUCCUGAAGGGAAAGGUCAUUUACGGUGACUACUUCGACCAUCUCCUUCCUUGGUACCUGCGCCGAGGCGAUGACAACGUCCUGUUUCUAACAUACGAGCAACUGAAGGAAGACACGAAGGGUCAGGUGCUCAAAAUUGCAGACUUCCUCGGUGACCAGCAUGGCGCAGCUCUUAGGGAAGACGAAACGUUGUUUCAGCGAAUCUUGGAUGCUUGCAGUCUCGAGAACAUGAAGGUGUUCUUCAAAGAUCCGCCGGCAGAGCGGAUAAAACUAAUAGUCAAGGCGGAGCCCGAAGCGUGUCCAAAGUCAACAGAACCUUCGAACAAGGUUGCUGAGAGAAAAGUCGAAAAUCACGAAGGUUCCGGCUUUGUGAGGAAAGGAAUCAUCGGAGAUUGGAGGAAUUACUUCUCGCCUGGAGCAAAUAGACCAGACAAAGGCAUGGAUAGCCUCGAAAACGAGUGGAAGCGACGUGAUGGAACUAUGGCGGGACCUAGAUCUCCCAUGACGUCUUGUCUCGAACUGCACUUCACUUCAAAAGAAGAUAGGAAGACGUCAUGAAGCUAUAUGUUUAACCCGCGACAGAGCGUAAUUCGUUUUGCCUCGUCAUUUUUCCCCGCUACCUAUAAAAGAUUAGCCGAGUGGCAUUUCAUUCCUAUUCGCUUUGCUGUCACCUGUUGAGAUUGUGCAAUAAAGUAAUAAAUGUAUUCAUUGGCAAUAAACUUGACUUUAUGGCGUAUAAA